GAGCCAGGCGCGCGGACCUGAAAGUGAGAAGGGAAGGCGCGUGAGGCACGAGGGCAGCCCAGCGGCUGUUUCCCCUCUUGAUGGUGUUCAGUCGCCUGCCUGCGAUACUGCGAGUUUUGUUCCGUGUGCGGCUGCACCGACCGGUUGGGAGGGUGGGGGGAGGUGAGGAGGAGACGAUACUGUAUUUCAAGUUUUCAUCUUCGCCCUGAACCGUGGCGGCCCCGAGCAAAUCUCUGCUCUCCAGUUUGAGACGGCGCCGUGGAGACGGGUCUUCAGCCGCGGUUCCGAGAGCCCGGAGAGGCGAUGCGAUUCAUGGAUGAAGAAGGAGGAAGAGGCGAUGCGUUUUUCAAACUCGGUCACCGUUCCCUGCGCGAUCUGAGCCGACGGAAGGAUUUUUUCUUUCAGCCUAAAUCACAAUUUUAAAAAAAGCUCCUCAUGAUGAAAAAGAGGUUCUCCUUGAAAUACAUCAGCACUCCAAAUCUUGCGGUGCAAUCCGCAGAAGAAACAGUCCCCUGCAACACAUGCAAGGCCCAGGGAGGGGGACACUCUGUGCAGGAGGGGUCAGAGUUGGGGUCCCCAGAGGAAGAUAGCCCCCCCAGUACUCCCAGCAACAAAAACUGCCUUCACUCCCAUAGGAAUGGGAGCAGCCAUAUUGUGGCUCCAGAUGGAUACCCCAGAGGAAUAGCCGAUAUACCUCUAAUCAUGGAAGAGGGCCUAAAACCCCCAAGGCGAAGUCACCUGGACAGUGGUUUAGCCAAUGGCGUCCACAGUCAGGACUCGGAGAUGGAGAACGAAAAGCGGAACCCGUCCAAGAUCUUGCGCCUCUUUUCCACUCCGCGGAAAAGGAGCAGUUCCGGCUCCGAGGGGCCUCGGUCCGUGACGGCCUUGGGGAACUCCCCCACGUGGAACGCCCUCUCCUCCCUGAGGAAGAUGGGCUCUUUCAAAAAGCUCAGGUCGUCCGUCUUCCAGGGCAUCCAGGUCAAGGAGGGCCUCGGCGUCGCGGGCGAGGAAGGAGCCGGGGGCGCACCGGAUGAGCCGCUGUCGAACGGGGGGGGCGCCUCGGCCCCCGCCGCUGGUCCCGUGGAGCAGGGCGCGGGUUCGGACGGCUCGGAAGCCGAGGACCAGGAUGACUCCUUCCUGAGGAACACGCACCGAUCGCGGAGCAUCCGCAGGGCGUACGGGGCCGGCCGCAUCCCCCUGCUUGACGUCAGGCGGGGGAAAGCCCCGGACGAGAGCCCCGGCCCGCAAGGCGAGCCGCCCGAACCGGCACCGGACGGCCGCAAGGUGGUGUACAGGCGGAGCAAAAGCACCGACGGCCUCAACUUCCUCAAGAAGAACUCUUUCAAGCGGAAGUCCACGUCCAACCUGAUGGAGCUCAAGGCCGCCGGUGACAACCACAGGACGGGGAGGGCGGUCAGCGCCUCCUCCGUGGACGCGCUCGACGACCCGCCUGGCAGCUCGGAGCGGGCGUCCAGACGCUGGAAGAGCCCGAUCGGGGCCAGAGACUUGGACCGCGUGCUGAGGCUGGUGAGCAGCAAGACGGACCAGGCGGUGCAGGGGAAGGAGAGCCUCCCGGAGGGCACGGCGAGGAGCAGCGCCAGACCUCAGAGCCAGCUGCACGAUGACUACUCCCGGCGGGUCUCCAGCUGCACGGAGCUGGACCGCCGUCGCUGCCUGUCUUUCACCAGGAGCCCCGCAAACUCCCCGCCCAAACCGGACGCGGCGGGGCGCCGGACCCCAGAACCUGCCGAAAGCAUGGACACGCGGCAGCCCUCUUCCGCCAGCGAGCCCUCCCCUUGCGUGAGCCCUGACUUCACAAGCCCCCUCAGCCCCCUCAGCCUCGGCGGCGCUAACAAUGAGGUCUUCUAUCCCGACUACAGCUGCGAGCCACAAAGCCCCGCUCAGUUUCCCUGCGGCACAGAGCACCAGCAGCCCCUCGCACGGCCCAGACCCGCCGCUGAGCCUUGGAGCCCCGGCGCCGGGAGGAUGGAGUGUGGCAGGACCUUGCGCUGUUCCAGCCGGCGCAGCACGCUCUCCCUCAGCUCCGUGGACAGCGACGCGCGGACGGACGGGCCGGCUCCCAAGCCCGGGAAGAGCCCCGUGUCGUUCCAGGAUCCGGCGCGCGCGGCGUACUACGACGACACGAACGAGGACAGCGGGGUCAGCAGCCAGUCGCAGCUGAGCCUCAACACCCCGCCUGCGGGAGAGGACAAGAAAGGGGAGGUGGCCGCCGAGGACAGAUGGCGAAGCUCGUUGGCUGGCGACGGGAUGCCGAGGGGCGGGGGCGCGGGCCGGGACAGGACGCGGCCUCGGCCCCUGUCGGAUUACGGCCAGCUGGCGGACCGGGCGCUGUCCAUCCCCGAGGACGGCGUGGUGGAAGAGUGCGGCGCCGGGGAGGCCCGGCCCAGCUCCGCGCAGCAGCUGUGGCGCCGGAAGCGUCGGCCCAUCUCCGUAAUUGGGGGGGUCGACCUCUUCGCUCACCCCAGCCCGGAGGAGAUGGAGGAGCUGCUCACUCAACCCCUCCCGAGACCCCCCAUCCCGUCCCACCAGGUGCCUCCUUACAGGGCGGUGUCGGCCCGGAUGCGCCCGUUCGCCUUCUCCCAGAGCACACCCAUCGGGCUGGACCGGGUCGGCCGCAGGAGACCAAUGAGAGUGGCCAGCACGGACGGGGGGGCCCCGUCCUCCACGCUGGUGGACGACAAUGGGAGCGAGGAAGACUACAGCUUCGAGGAGCUGGCCGAGGGCAGCCCUCGGUACCUGCAGCCUGGCGGGGAGCAGCUCGCAGUCAACGAGCUGAUAGGCGAGGGCACGCCGGUCCACGCGGAGGCGCUGUGGGACCACGUCACCCUGGACGACCAGGAGCUGGUGUUCAAAGCGGGAGACGUUAUCCGCGUGCUUGAUGCUUCCAACAAGGACUGGUGGUGGGGAAGGAUCAACGACAAAGAGGCCUGGUUCCCUUCCAGCUUUGUCAGACUCAGGGUCAACCAGGAGGAGUCGCUGGGCGAAAGCGCAGAGAGCACCCAGGACGAAGAGGACCCCCCGCCCAGGGAGCCCCGACACAAGACCUCGGAGCACAAGGGCCAGAUGAGGACCAACGUCGUCAAGGAGAUCAUGAACACCGAGCGCGUCUACAUCAAGCACCUGAGGGACAUCUGCGAGGGCUACAUCAAGCAGUGUCGGAAGCACACAGGAAUGUUCAGCGAGAGCCAGUUGAAGACUAUUUUUAGCAACAUUGAGGACAUCUACAAAUUCCAGAGGAAGUUCUUAAAGGACUUGGAGAAGCAGUACAACAAAGAAGAGCCUCACCUGAGUGAAAUAGGCUCCUGCUUCCUGCUGCAUCAAGAAGGCUUCUCAAUCUAUUCAGAGUACUGUAAUAAUCACCCCAGUGCCUGCACUGAGCUCUCUCACUUAAUGAAGCACGGCAAAUACCGCCAUUUCUUUGAGGCCUGCCGUCUCCUGCAGCAGAUGAUUGAUAUUGCUAUCGAUGGUUUCCUGCUCACUCCCGUGCAGAAGAUCUGCAAAUACCCCCUGCAGCUAGCAGAGCUGCUGAAGUACACGACGCGCGAGCACAGUGACUACAAGAACAUCUCCGCUGCCUACGAGGCGAUGAAAAACGUCGCUUGCCUCAUCAAUGAAAGGAAGAGGAGGCUAGAGAGCAUAGACAAGAUCGCGCACUGGCAGGUCUCUAUCGUCAACUGGGAGGGGCCGGACGUUUUAGGCCGCAGCUCUGAACUGAUCCACAGUGGAGACCUGACCAGGAUCUCCAGGCAGGGGAAGACGCAGCAGAGAACCUUCUUCCUGUUCGACCACCAGCUCAUAUUCUGCCGGAAGGACAUCCUGCGCAGGGACAUGCUCUACUACAAGGGGCGCAUGGACCUGGACGACAUGGAAGUCCUGGACGCGGAAGACGGCAAGGACAGGGACCUCAACGUGACCGUGAGGAACGCCUUCAAGCUCCGCGGCCGGUCCACGGGCGAGGUGUGUGCCUUCUCCGCCAAGAAGCCGGAGGACAAGCGUAGGUGGCUGCGGGCCUUCGAGGACGAGAGGAAGAGGGUGAAGGAGGACAAGGAAAUGGGAAUGGAAAUAACCGAAAACCAGAGGAAACAAGCCAUUCUGAAUGCUCGAAAGUCAAGACAAGGAAAGCUGAAAGGCGUGGCCUACAACGGGUGCCCUGCGCCCCCUCCGCACCAGUCCCUGCACCCAAUCCAUCAGCGGCACCUCGCCUUGCCCGCCAGCAUUCCGCAGCAGAAGGUCUUCUCCCUGGCGGAGCCCAAGCCGAAGCCUUCGCCGUUCUGGCACAGUUUCACACGGCUCGCCCCGUUCAAGAAGUGAGUGGGCCCCCCGGUGGCGGCUGGCGGACCUGCAGCCGGGCCUGGCGGACCGAGCGCUGCCCCCCCCCACAGGUGACCCUUGCCCGCCCCUCUCGCCCGGAGGCACAGAGCCGGGAAAGCAGAGGGAGGUCACGUGGAGCACGGACGGACAGGAAGUAUUUUGAUUUUGCUGGUUCGAGAAGGAACCAACAAAAAAAAAAAAAAAACCCUGCAGAAGUGCGCCUUUUGUUUCGACCGUACAGUAUAUACCGCUGGAAUUUGUAUAUCGAAAUAAGAAUAUGCACAAGUUGAAUUAAGCAACGUUUAGAAAUAUAUUUUCUCCGACGUUACAUCUCCUUGAAGGCUGGAUCCUUUUUAAAUGUUAGUAGGCAUUUCAAACUGUGAGUUUAGAGGGUGUGUACAAUAUCUAUCAAACAUAGUUUGUUUCCUGAUGCAUUUUACUGGAGACUGGUAGUCUUUAUUUAAGUCAGAAAUAUAAUCUUGGAGCACAUUUUUAGGCAUAAGAAUAAAUUCUAGAGCUGUCCCGAGUAUGCGAGUGUAUUUUAUUUCUUUAAUAGUUUUUUUCAUUCACAAAUUUAUUUGAUUGAAUAACGACGAGUGACGGCAUCUUUUUCAGGUGUCUCUGGUCUUUGCACAGGAUUAUUUUAACAAAUCCUUGACAGACCAGAGAUGGUCUGAGCUUGGAUUAACGAUGUGACGAUGGCAUGCAGUCUCUUUCCGAGUGCUGUACCCAAACACAAUCUGGUCAAAUUGUGUUUGGCUGUCUGUGGCCAUUAUUCCAGUUUCAACCAGUGUGUUACUACUGUCUUCAGAAUCCCUACACUCUGCUGUUUGGUGUUGCGUUUCCCCUCAGGAGCUCUGUGCCUUAAUGCAGUUAAACAUUGUUUAACCCAACUGCAGGCAACCUCAGCAUAGCUGCUUCAAUAUAACAUUUGAGUUGCAUAUUAAUACCUGUGGAUCACUGGUACUCAGUAAGAAACUCUUUUAUAGCACCUUUAAAUGCAAUCAUCUUAAGUGAAAUUAUGCAUUUCUUAGAAAAAAAUGCAUAGUUUGUAUAUGUUGGGGACAAAAAAACAGACUAUCUCUUCAGGUAUAAUAAAGGAACGAUUCAUUUUGAAAGGGGUAAGCUUGGCAUUCAGCUGAAAACUGUCAAACGUUCUCAUGAAGAUAUUAGCUUUCGGAACUGGCUUUGGGAAGCAUUUGGAGUUAAGAGUACAAUGACUUCCCUGAGGAGGGGUAGAUGUCUCUAGCUCAACGUAAGCACACCUACUGUAGCCCAAGAGAAGGCUGAGGAUAGUGCCCUCAUUACCUCUAUAAACUCUUUUACCAGCAUGUGUCCUUAUGUAUUUAAAUCCAAAAAAUAAAAGCUUUUGUUUCUGGUGUUGAAUGCCUACAUGAAGCUGAAUGCCAGUUGAUGGGCUUUGUUUGUAGCAAUGUGUUGGAUUUGUUACUGACAGCUCUGCAGAACAAUAUCUAUAACAAAAAGUCAGGUGCCUCUUAUUUUAUGAAUUUUUACCUCCAUGACUACUGUGUCUAACAGUUACAUUCCAGAGUCGUGCUAAGCAUUCGCUCUUGUUUCACAUUCAUGCGUUCUGUUAUGCCUAAAAACGUCUGUAUGGAAAGUGUUAAGACACAACUAAGGAACCUGUUUCCUAAUUUCUGUGUGGCUAAAUUCAGUAAUCCCUGUACCAGGAUGUUCAUUUUCAAUGUACCACAAGAAUGGUCUUUUUUUUAUUGUAUGAAAAAUUAACCGUCCAGAUGUUUUUUUUAUUACGUCCUUAUUAAAUUAAUUCACAAACAAAAUCGUGGAGUAAGAUU